UUUACGUAGUAUGUCGCUGAAUUACCCCUUAUUUCUUUAUUGUGUAGGGAGAGUUAUAGUGGAGAAAUUGUUCAACAAAGGUUACAGCUACAAAGAAAUAAUAUCUGUGUUAUAUGGAGUUCACAUUAUAAAAAUUAGCUUGCGCCAACUAAAAAGAGAUCUUGCAAUUCUCGUAUUAUUUAGGCGGAAAAACACUUGUCCACAUCAGUUGUUAUAUAAUGUUAUCAAAGUUGAAAUCGGUGAAAGUUGGUCAGCUUUGGGUUACAGAAGUCUCCAUCAGAAGUUGAAAGCAGUGUAUAAUAUCCAAACUAGCAGGGAGAAGAUAAGGCAAUUGCAACAUUUGAUUGAUCCGUGUGGUGUCGCUUUGAGAAGGGCUAGGCGUUUACAAAGAAGAAAAUACGUUUGCAAGGUCCAAAUCAAGUGUGGCAUUUAGAUGGGUACGACAAGUUAAAACCGUACGGUUUUUGCAUUCAUGGCUGCAUAGACGGGUAUUCGCGAAAAUUGUUAUGGCUGGAGACCUCGUCUACGAACAAUUGCCCAAAAGCUGGAGACCUCGUCUACGAACAAUUGCCCAAAAGCUGUCGCGCACUAUUUCUUGAAUUAUGUGAAAACGAUUGGAGGUAUUAAUUAUGAACGGUUUUCCGAUCCCAAUCUUUUUGUUGAUGUUUUUUCUGUUCGUUUUAGGAACAUCGAGGUUAAUUAGAUCAGAUCACGGAACGGAAAA